GACGAGUGUUAUCAGCUCGAGUUGUUUUUGAUAAUAUCUUGUAAAGUUCUCAAUAUUUACAAUGGAAAUGGGGACGGAUCCUCUGGAGGGAAGUAGCUAUGAAGUAGGAGUCACAGUGAAAGCGGAAAUCAAGGAGGAGAGCGAAGAUGAUCAUUUUAAUACUAUGGCACUCCUAGAACUAGCACAAUGCGUUCAAACGAAUCAAGAACCGAUCGAAUUCAACUCCACAGACGCAAUGAUGGAUCCGAAAACCGGCCUAAUGAUCUGCCUGCACUGCCUCGAAGAUUUCGACCCCAACCUGUUAUCCGAUCACAUGGUCAACGCACAUAACUACAGACGGGUCUUAUUCAAGUGCCAAAUAUGCCAAAGUACAUUCCAAGAACGAAAAAUGUUAAACGUACAUCGUCAAGAAUGUCAGCCGGAACAGAAAGUUAGGAAACGGAAGACUUUCCAACAAAUUCUUCGGGACGUUGAGGCUAAAUACUAUAUGGCGGAUGAGCAAGCUUUGCUAGAACCGGUGUCUUGUCCAAUAUGCUUACUGGAGCUACCAAAAUACUGCUUGAAAGAACAUUUGGUGAAUGAGCAUAGGAAACCGGACGUGAUUCUAACAUGUGGACGUUGUAACAGGAAUUUCAAAUCCAAGUUGACAUUAAGAGAACACGUCAAAUUGGUGCAUGAAGCGGUUGAGGAUUCUGAAGAGUGCGAACUUUGCGGACAGAAGUUCAGGUCGUUAAAGUAUCUGUCCAAUCAUAAGAGGAAUGUGCAUCCGAGCGGUAACAAGAUCCACAAAUGCACGGUAUGCGGGAAAGUAUUCAAAUCUCGCCUUUGUUUACACCAACACAGCAAAUACGUUCAUCCCCCAGAGUCCGCAUCAGUGGAAUGCCCUCAUUGUCCUAACAAGAUCUUUAAAUCUCGGAUGAAUUUGACACAACACCUUAAAGUAUCGCAUGGGUAUAAAAGGAAGAUGAGCAGCAUAUCUACCGUGUAAGGGUCUUGGUGUGACACAGUUUGAUCCAAGUUUCUAUAUAACUUCUUCAUAAAUGCGAAAGUUACAAUGUUCGGAUGUUUGUUACUCAAUAACGCCAAAACGGUUGGAGGGAUCUGGAUGAAAUUUGGUACAGGCAUAGGAUACACUCCAGAAUAGGGC